AGAUUUGGUUGAGUCUCUUUGCAUCUACACAGCGGACUGCCUUUUUUUUUUGCAACAGUCAGAAUAGCUGCGACGCUAAAGAAAGGUAGUGGUAGCGUAGCGAAAGGAAAGGAAAGGGGAGAGACAUCCACACAGAUCUACCCUGUUUGAGUGAGCCCAUUGAAUUUGCAUUGUAGAAAUAUUUUUUUACACGGGACCCGUGGUGCAAGACAACCAAAUAAACCAUCAACAUGGAACAGUAUGACGGCGAGGUCGGAGAGGAUGGCGUGUACAUGCAACAGCAGGACGAUUGGGAUAGGGAUAUGCUCCUGGAUCCUGCAUGGGAGAAACAGCAGAGGAAGACGUUCACAGCCUGGUGUAACUCUCACCUGAGGAAAGCUGGGACUCAGAUUGAGAACAUUGAGGAGGACUUCAGGGAUGGCCUCAAACUCAUGCUGCUGCUGGAGGUCAUAUCAGGCGAGCGCCUGGCCAAGCCAGAGCGAGGGAAGAUGCGGGUUCACAAGAUCUCCAAUGUGAACAAGGCCCUGGACUACAUCGCCAGUAAAGGGGUGAGACUGGUGUCCAUCGGGGCUGAAGAGAUCGUGGAUGGCAAUGCGAAGAUGACCCUAGGAAUGAUCUGGACCAUCAUCCUCCGCUUCGCUAUUCAGGACAUCUCCGUCGAGGAGACCUCAGCCAAAGAAGGCCUACUGCUGUGGUGCCAGCGAAAGACUGCGCCAUACAAGAAUGUCAACAUACAGAACUUCCAUAUAAGCUGGAAGGAUGGUCUGGGAUUCUGCGCUCUCAUUCACAGACACCGCCCAGAACUCAUAGACUAUGGCAAACUGCGCAAGGAUGACCCCAUGACCAACCUGAACACGGCCUUUGAUGUUGCUGAGAAGUACCUGGACAUACCCAAGAUGUUGGAUGCUGAGGACAUCAUCGGCACGGUCCGCCCAGACGAGAAGGCCAUCAUGACCUACGUCUCCAGCUUCUACCACGCCUUCUCCGGCGCCCAGAAGGCAGAGACAGCAGCUAAUCGGAUCUGCAAGGUGCUGGCUGUCAACCAGGAGAACGAGCAGCUUAUGGAGGACUAUGAGAAGCUGGCCAGCGAUCUGCUGGAGUGGAUCCGCCGCACUGUCCCCUGGCUGGAAAACCGCGCCCCAGAGAACACCAUGCAGGCCAUGCAGCAGAAACUGGAGGACUUCCGCGACUACCGGCGCAUGCACAAGCCCCCCAAGGUGCAGGAGAAGUGCCAGCUGGAGAUCAACUUCAACACCCUGCAAACCAAGCUAAGGCUGAGCAACCGGCCCGCCUUCAUGCCCUCCGAGGGAAGGAUGGUCUCGGACAUCAACAAUGCAUGGGGUGGACUAGAGCACGCGGAGAAGGGCUACGAGGAGUGGCUUCUGAACGAGAUCCGCAGACUUGAGAGACUCGACCACCUGGCGGAGAAAUUCAGACAGAAAGCCGCCAUCCACGAGGCAUGGACUGCGGGCAAGGAGGAAAUGCUGCAAGAGAAGGACUUUGAGACUGCCUCCCUGUCAGAGAUCAAAGCCCUGCUGAAGAAACACGAGGCCUUUGAGAGUGACUUGGCAGCGCACCAGGACAGAGUGGAGCAGAUUGCAGCCAUCGCUCAGGAGCUCAAUGAGCUGGAUUACUACGACUCCCCCAGUGUGAACGCACGCUGCCAGAGCAUCUGUGACCAGUGGGAUGCCCUGGGAGCGCUAACACAGAAACGCAGUGAGGCCCUGGAGAGAACAGAGAAACUGCUGGAGACCAUCGACCAGCUGUACCUGGAGUUCGCCAAGAGGGCGGCGCCCUUCAACAACUGGAUGGAGGGGGCGAUGGAGGACCUGCAGGACACCUUCAUUGUCCACACCAUCGAGGAGAUCCAGAGGGGACUUACGUCUGUUCCUCGCUUUUCGGUAAGACCCGUGGGAUGGGGCUUUCGUCUGGAGCGACAAGCCAUUCUGGGCAUCCACAACGAGAUCGCCAAGAUUGUGCAGACCUACCACGUGAACAGGGUCGGCACCAACCCCUACACCACCAUCAACCCCCAGGAGAUCAACGGCAAGUGGGACAAGGUCAGACAGCUGGUGCCCCAGAGAGACCAGGCCCUGAUGGAGGAACAUGCCAGGCAGCAGAACAAUGAGCGGCUCCGGAAACAGUUUGCGGGCCAGGCCAACAUCAUCGGACCCUGGAUUCAGACCAAGAUGGAGGAAAUUGGCCGCAUUUCCAUUGAGAUGCACGGCACCCUGGAGGACCAGCUGACUCACCUGCGGCAGUACGAGAAGAGCAUCGUCAACUACAAGCCAAAGAUUGAGCAGCUGGAGGUGGACCACCAGCUUAUCCAGGAGGAGCUCAUCUUUGACAACAAGCACACCAACUACACCAUGGAGCACAUCCGUGUGGGCUGGGAGCAGCUCCUCACCACCAUCGCCAGAACCAUCAACGAGAUUGAGAACCAGGUCCUGACCAGAGAUGCCAAGGGCAUCAGCCAGGACCAAAUGAAUGAGUUCCGAGCCUCUUUCAACCACUUCGACAGGGAUCAUUCCGGGAAGAUGGGGGCUGAAGAGUUCAAAGCCUGCCUCAUCAGCCUGGGCUUCGAUAUCGCCAACGACGCACAGGGAGAGGCUGAGUUUUCACGCAUCAUGAGCAUCGUGGACCCGAACCGGCUUGGCGUGGUCACAUUCCAGGCCUUCAUUGACUUCAUGUCCCGGGAGACAGCCGACACCGAUACAGCAGACCAGGUCAUGGCCUCCUUCAAAGUGCUGGCGGGAGACAAGAACUAUAUCCUGGCGGACGAGCUUCGUCGUGAGCUGCCUCCGGACCAGGCCGAAUACUGCAUCGCCCGCAUGGCUCCGUACUGCGGCCCUGAUGCUGUCCCUGGAGCCCUGGACUACAUGUCCUUCUCCACGGCACUGUACGGAGAAAGUGAUCUUUAAACCCUGACCCCCCCGCAAAGCCGGCACUUGUUUUUGUACGCAGCCAGCCUCCGCGCCCAUCCCCCCCGCCAGCGCCUCCUGUCUGUCAGCCCUGUCAUUACUGGCUUUGCACGCAGGAGCACCCUGCCAGACAGCCUGCUAUCCCCAUUUGCAAAAGGGGCAAUGUUUUGUUUUGUUUUCUUCAUUUAAAAAAAAAAAAAAAAAUUUACAUAUUUUAUUAUACAGAACAAAAGGUAUUUUUCUCCACCUGAUUUAAAGAAAGAAAAAAUAAAGAAAAAAUUGCACCAAA